CCCUUAUAAAUUGCGCAUUGGGGCGCAACGUAAACUCACUGAGCAAACUCUUCUCUAACUUGCGCUUGAGUUAACUAGCUUCAACUAUAUUAAUAUCAUCAUGCCGAUCUCUCUGCAACUGCAAGCCUCCCUCAUCUCAGCUGCAGCGCGCAAUGAAUUUCCGUUUCCGCAACCGAGGCCAUCCUCCCAGCCCCUGACCGGAGAAGGUGCUCCGUCGAAGUCCGCCGAGUUUGAUCCCAAAAUUUUCCGUCACAACUUCAUGAGACGAAAUGAUUACAACCGCACCGGAUAUGGGCAUAAGGACGAAAGUCUUAAGCGAAUGCGCGACCAGUAUUCAAGUGAUAAUUUGAUGCAGAAAUUGAAGGAGAAUGGGAAAGAGUAUAGACGGGGCGAGGUGACGUUGAAGCUGGGCGAAGCUUAUGGAUUCUGCUGGGGAGUUGAGCGCACUGUGAGAAUUGCUUAUGAAGCUCGACAUCAGUUUCCGGAUCGCACAAUUUGGCUCACUAAUGAAAUCAUUCACAAUCCCACUGUUAAUCAGACGCUAGGAGAGAUGGGGGUUAACAUUCUCCCUGUGAAGGACGGGAAGAAGCAAUUUGAUCUGGUGGGGAAGGGCGACGUGGUGGUGCUGCCUGCAUUUGGAGCUCCGGUGCAGGAGAUGAUGCUGCUGACUCAGAAGAAUGUAGAGAUUGUUGAUACAACUUGCCCAUGGGUUGCUAAGGUUUGGCAUAGCGUUGAAAAGCACAGGAAGGGGGAAUACACGUCGAUAAUCCACGGUAAAUAUGCGCAUGAAGAGACUAUCGCUACUGCUUCAUUUGCUGGCACCUAUCUAAUAGUCAAGAACAUCAAAGAGGCAACAUAUCUCUGUGAUUACAUUCUAGGUGGGGCACUUGAUGGGUCCAGCUCCACCAAAGAGGCCUUUCUCGAGAAAUUCAAGUUUGCGAUAUCCAACGGGUUUGAUCCAGACAAAGAUCUGGAGAGAGUUGGUAUCGCGAAUCAGACUACUAUGUUGAAGGGAGAGACAGAGGAUAUUGGAAAAUUAGUUGAGAGCAGCAUGAUGCGCAGAUACGGUGUGGAAAACAUCAGCAACCACUUUAUAAGUGCCAAAACUAUCUGUGACGCAGCCCAAGCGCGGCAAGAUGCAACUCAGAAACUGGUGGACGACAAGGAGGUAGAUCUGAUGCUGGUGAUAGGAGGAUGGAACUCCAGCAACACUGCAUCCCUUCAGGUGAUUGCAGAGGAGCGCGGAAUCCUCUCCUAUUGGAUUGAUUCAGAGAAGAGGAUUGGUCCAGGAAACCGAAUCACUCACAAGCUAAUGCACGGGGAGUUGGUGGAGAAGGAGGAGUGGGUGCCAAAGGGUCCGAUCAACAUUGCCAUUACAGCUGGUGCAUCAACUCCGGAUAAGGUUAUUGAAGAUAUCAUAGCCAAGGUUUUUGAGAUCAAGCGUGACCAAGAGUAGUAUGCAAUAUAGUCGACAUUACGAUGCUUAUAUAUAUAUAUAUAUAUGGAUUCUUGCAUCAGGAUACUUAAUAGUAUUAUAGUAUGAGUUUAUUAUAUCUAUGCUACCGACUCAGCUCAUGACGCAUCGCGUUAUGCAUUUCCAUUGAAAAAUAAAAACUGAGCUAUUGAGCUAUACCACAAACAGAA